GACCACCAGCAUUCUUUCGUGGAGUCUCACAGCAUAAGGUUGCGCGCGCGGUGUUCGUUGGUGGCUCGUUUGGGGAGAUGCUCUGCUCUUUCCCACAAAUUAACACCGCAACUUUCGACACGCACCUCGAUGAUGUCAACGUGUCCAAGUGGAGAGUGCCACGGAAACCGGAAUAUUACCUGAGAACGGCAUAGACAAUAGUUGCAGUGUGCUUGAAUAAAAAUCCAUGGAUGUAUAGUUUUGUGGAGUGAAAGGUCAAAAGUAUCAGCCUUGACGAAUCAGUGGAGUGCAAAAAAAUUUUAUUCACGAGUGAAUUGGGCUACAAUUGCCACACGGAGUUAAUUUUUUUUUCGUAUUUGGAAAUAUUGGCCUCCUUUCCGCAGUAUCCCAGCCCAUUUCUUAUGCGCUGGAUGGUUCUCCAAGACGCGGGGAAAAAUUUAUAGUUAACCGUGCACUGACCUCAAUCCACCAUCGGUCGCAAGAGAGAGUCGGGAAAUCUUGGGAACCAGCAUUAUUGUCUUGGAGUGCGAGGGAGAAGAACUGCAACAUAGUCUCACGGUGUCUCAUGAGUCACACGGCUGUGGUUGAGGAGUUCUGCAAAAAAAAAGUGUCCAGUGGUGUGAAGUGUUGAAGAAAAAAAAAUUCGUGCCAAAUGGGGUGGAGAAAUGUGUUUCUCUUCGCCUUUAUCCUUUGGCUACGAAGUCAUCGUGUUGGGUGUCAACUCAUCAACAGGAUACCUCACUUUAUUCCGGGUUCCGGGGAUAUGUCUCGAUUCAGUUUGUCUGAAAAUACUCCAGUUGGAAGCCCCGUGUAUCAAUUAAGAGGUGUCGAUCCUGAGGGAAGUGAUCUUCGGUACAGCAUCUCUGGGCCCGUUUUCACUGUUGAUCGUGAUACCGGUGUUGUACGUCUGCGACAGGAAUUAGAUCGCGAGACACAAGAUGUGGUGGAGGUUAUCAUUAGCAUCACAGAUGAAGGUGUGCUCGGGACGGAGCCCAACACUGUGUCACUGCGAAGGGAAAUUCCUGUAAGAGACUACAAUGAUAAUCCACCAAUUUUCACGAGACGCCCGUAUUCUGCGUCGCUCAGUGAAUCAACGCCCGUUGGGAGUGUAGUGAUCAUCACGCCGGCGAUCACGGUGACUGAUCGCGAUGAAGGAAUUAAUGCAGAUGUGACGAUUUCGUGCUUUUCCGAAGCAUCAAUGGACACUUACAGCGUUUGCGAUGUGUUCAGUGUAACGACGGAGAAGAAUUCUGAGGGGAAUUUCUCAGCCACGAUCAGAUUGAUAAAGCCGUUGGAUUUUGAAACAAGGCCAUCCUACCUCCUUACCCUUAAGGCGAAAGAUGGGGCAUUUUCGAACCCCUUAACGGCUCUUGCAAGUGUGGCGAUCAAUGUGAUCGAUGUGCAGGAUCAACCUCCGGUAUUUAUCAAUGCCCCGUACUCAGCUACUAUCCCCGAAAAUACCCCAGCUGAUACCUCAAUCAUGACAAUUAGGGCAAUGGACGGUGAUACGGGGAAUCCACGACAAAUCCUUUUAACCAUUGACAAGGAUAAAAAUAAUCAUUUCCGCCUCAAUACAACUGGAGAUGGGGAAGCAAUUUUGCUCACAACGGAAAUUCCUCUUGAUCGCGAAGAUCCGGAUGUGUUGCAAAAUGGAGGGAUUUACACGUUCAACAUUAAAGCAACUGAAUUGAUUAAUGGUCAAGUACCUGCAGAUGAAACAAUCACACAGGUUACGAUCGUACUGACUGAUGUUGAUGAUCAUAAACCUAAAUUCAAUUUUCCCCAAUUUGAUACGGAAAUUCCUGAGAAUUUAGACUACGACACACCACUUCCGGGUCUCUCAGUUUACGUCAUUGAUCCCGAUUUGGGGCCAAAUAGUCGCUACAAUCUCUCCCUUGAGAAUGUAAAGAAUGCCGAAGGGGUCUUCGCAGUAAGCCCCACUUAUGGUGAAGGAAGAACACCCCUUGUUGUGAAAGUUAUCAAUCCAAAUCGCUUGGAUUACGAUGUUGCAAAUGAGGAUCUUCGAACACUCAUCUUUGAUCUUGUUGCCUCAGUUGAUGGGGUGAAACAAGCAACAUCGAGGGUUACUGUUCACCUUCAGGAUGCAAAUGACAAUGCUCCAAUUUUCACGGAAUCCAGCUUCCACCUUCGUGUUGAAGAAAAUGCAAAAAUUGGCUUCCAAGUUGCCCAAAUUCAAGCAUCAGACAGAGAUUCGGGGAUCAAUAGGAAAGUAAAGUAUGUUCUAAAGGGUUUUGGAUCUGAUAAUUUCUAUACUGAUCCCGAAACUGGGGGACUGUAUGUGAAGAAGAAUUUGGAUUAUGAAGAACAAAAGAGCUAUAGUAUGGCCUUAGCUGCUGUGGAUGGAGGUGGAUUGGAGACCAAUGCAAAUUUAUUUAUUGAUAUUAUUGAUUUAAAUGAUAAUUAUCCGGAAUUUGAAUCUCUGGAAUAUACAAGAACCAUCCGCGAGGGGGCAAGUGAGUUUGAACCGCAGUUCUUCGUUCGAGCAACUGAUAUUGAUGGACCAACACAGGGUGGUGGUAGAAUAGCGUAUUCAAUUGAAGCAGAAAAUAGUAUAUCAGGACGUGUGUUCAGUAUAGAUAGAGAUACGGGAGAAGUUGGAAUACUGACAUCAGUUUCAUCGAUGGAUACGGAAAGGGGGCAGUAUGAGUUGGUGGUUGCUGCAACGGAUUACGGGAAACCACCACUGAAGAAUACAACAAGAGUCUUGGUACGUGUUGGAAUUUCAGGGAAUCAACGACCAAUUUUCAAGGGACACACAUCUUCCCUUCAUACAGCCAUUCCCGGGCCACCUAGCUACAGAGUAUCCAUCCCGGAAAACGCCAAGGCAGGAUAUAAUGUCACGACUGUUGCAGCAUCAGACCCCGAUGGCAUUGAUGCUCUUCUGCAGUACAAAAUAGUUGGUGCAAAUGAUAAUUUUGAAAUAGACGAAGACACGGGCUUGUUAACAGUGUCUACACAGGCACGAUUGGAUCGUGACUCGAAUGCUGAUAGCUAUACAAUUGUUGUGAAUGCCAUUGAUGCGGGAUUCCCCAUUCCCGAAACAGCCACUGCCACUGUUUAUGUUAAAAUACAAGAUGUUAACGAUAAACCACCCAAGUUCAAGCAACCAAAUUAUCAAGCCUACGUGUCUGAGAGAGCAGAGAUUGGGAGUAAAGUCUUGGAUGUCACAGCAACGGAUACUGACUUAAAUUCCGACAUUGAGUACAGUAUUGUUGAGCCAAUUAGGGCAACAUCGAAAACAGGCUUGCAACUUACCUCAACGCAGGUAUUUAAUUUUAAGCAAGCUUUCAGGAUUGAUGAGAAAAAUGGAAGUAUAUUUGUUAAUGCAACCUUGGACUACAAUCAAGCUUCCGUGAUUAUCCUUACGAUCAGAGCAAGGGAUAAGAAUGCUGAGUAUAAUAUUGCAAAGCAAGUAGCAACGACUGAAGUAACAUUUUACAUUCAAUCCUUCAAGGAUACGAAUCCUGUAUUUAGGAAUAAUGGUUGGACUAGCACAAGACCUAUGAUUUUAAUGAGUGUCAAGGAAGAACUCCCAAUUGGGAGUAUCCUUUUCACCCUAAUGGCUGAAGAUCCGAUUAAUAAGGAACCAAUUGAAGAUUUUAAGUUGGUUUCAUCAGAGCAGAAUGGAGUUAUUGGAAUCAAUGAGUUAACUGGAGAAGUUGUCCUCAAGAGGCGUCUUGAUUAUGAGAACAUCACCUCCCCAUAUUUCCUGUUUACCGUAAGAGCAACAAGCAGGGAUGGCUCACGAAGCACCGUCACAAAUGUUAACAUGACUGUCUUGAAUGUUAAUGACAAUAAUCCCAUUUUUUCAAGUAAAAUCUACAAAGCUACAAUCCUUGAGUCUGUGAAGUUUCCCGAUAAGAUUGCAACAGUUCUAGCCAAAGACAACGAUGCAGUUCUCACGGAGAGAGACAACACGAAUGGAUUCCACAAGAUUAGCUACUCAAUAGUAGGGCAGCAUUCUCAGUUCUUCACCAUUAACAGCACAACAGGAGAGAUUGUUGUUGCACAAAAUCAAACGAUCGACAGGGAGAAGCAAUCUGUGUUGAAGUUCGUAGUACAGGCUGAAGAUGCUCCAGGAAAGCCAUCUGAAUCACGAAAAUCAACAUCAGACGUUGUAAUUGAUGUCCUUGAUGUCAAUGAUAAUGCCCCAAUGUUCCCUAUGAAAGUUUACAGUGCAGUAAUUCCGGAAAAUGUCCCAAUUGGAUCGUCAGUAAUAAAUAUUUCCGCUGUGGACCCUGAUGAAGGUCCCGGAGGGGAAAUCCGAUAUGAUCUCCUGAAUGAAGGGGAAGCAAAUGGACUGCUACGAAUCAAUCCUGUAAGUGGGAUGAUUGAAACUAAAAUUCCACUGACGGGAAAGGGCAGAUCAGAACCAUAUCAGCUGGUAAUCCGGGCGCAGGACAAUGGUGGUCAGGUGCCAAAGCAGGAGUCUCUCUACAGUGAUGCCUUUUUCACUCUCUACAUUGGAGAUGUGAGUGCCAACGAUGGGAUUCCAUUCUUUAUUGCACCCCAAGUGGGCCAAAUUGCAAAUGUGACCGAGAAUGCAACAAUUGGAUCUCCGGUGUUUCAAGUCAUAGCCAGCGAUCCAGAUAGUCCAGCAACUCUCAGUGGGAUGCUAAGGUUUAGAAUUCAGAACGAUACUGAUGAUGCAAAAGCCUUUAGGAUAAAUAGCAAAACAGGCUUAAUAAGCACAAUUCAGCCACUGGAUAGGGAAACUCAGUCCUCAUAUAGCAUAAUCAUAGAUGUUUCGGACAAAGGUGAUCCUCCACAGGCUUCAACAAGGGUACUCAGAAUCAACGUAUUGGAUAUUGAUGAUCACAAACCAAGAUUCAUUAGAGAAAUUAAUGCUCCUCCAUUUGAAAUUGAAACGCCAGAAGAGCAAAUUUUGGGAUCAAUUGUGGGGAAUAUUUCGGCUGUUGACGAAGAUAUUGGGGAGAAUGGAGCCAUAGAUUAUGACAUAAUAGAUGGAAAUCAGGAAAAUCUCUUCAAAAUCUCCCGGACAAAUAGCAGUGUAGCAAUGAUCACUGUAAAUGGACGCCUGGACAGGGAAUCCGUUGAAUCCUACCUUUUGACUGUUAAAUGUUUCAAAUUCACAAAUAACCCAAGAAUCUCACGGAAGCCAUACAAUCCCCUCGAUAUAUCGGAAAUUCAAGUUUUGAUUAAGAUUAAAGACGUCGAUGAUCACCUCCCGGAAUUCCAUCCAGCUAAUCAAACACUAGGAGUACGUCACAAUGUCCCCAUUGACAUGUCCCUCCUUACUGUGGCAGUAACUGACAAAGAUCCCGAUGCCAUGCCAAUACACCUGAGUCUUGUUAAUGUUUCAUACACCCCACAAUUCUACAAGAGAAACAACAAAUCCCAAAAUCUCCUCAAUCUCUUCUCGUUGCACAAUCAAACAGGAGAAAUACGAACACUUAAUACGCUCAGUGACUACGUAGAUGGAUUCUUUGAGCUCACAAUCCGAGCCAACAACUCCAAUGCCACAGGAAGGUACACCGAUAACGUAGUCAAGAUGUUCAUUAUCAGGGAUAAGUCCCUCCUUCGGUUUGUCUUCGCUAAACCCGCAGUAGAAGUUCGCAGCAUUAUUGGGGAAUUCAGUCGUAUUGUCCAAGAGAAGCUACAAUCAUCUGCUCUCGAAUUGCACGUCUUUGACACUCAUGUGCUCUCAAAAGCCGAUCAUAGCCUCGAUUUCAGCUCAACCAGUUCAUGCUUUCAACUUACCCGCCAUGGAUCUGCUCUCCCUCCGCAGGAGAUGCAAAAGAUCAUGGACUCGGAGGAUGUGCGAAGUCUCCUGCGGGAAACUUAUGUAGAGUAUUCAGUCUCCGCGGUGGAUUCCUGCUCUGUGAAGAAAAGCCACACAAAUGGGAGCUUGAUGACAUCAUCGGGGACAUGGUUGGUGAUCCUUGCAGCUCUUAUUGGUUUAGCAGCUCUUAUAGCUACUUGCACGUCGUUCUGCUUAUUUAGAAGAUUCAAGGUGCAGACAAAGAGAUUUCUAACGCCGCGUGUGCCGCCUGAACCUUAUGGAGCAGGAGCCCCUGUUCUCUAUGGGCCAUUCUAAAAAGUACUGACAAGUCAGAAAAAUUGAAGAAAAAUGCCGCCAAAUGUGAUUUUGUGUGUAAUAAAGUGUGAAUGUGAGGAAAUAAAAAUUACGACAAAUACGAAAAAAAAA